AUGCCCGACGGGGGCAUGUCCGACAGCCUUUCCGCAUCAGCAAAGGUCUCACCUACCAACGGCAGAAGCCCAGACAGUUCGCGAAGGGGAUCCAACUCAACCUCAAAAGACGCACAGCGCCCAUCCAGCCUAACUCGCAUUUCGAAGACCAACAGCGGCCCUCCCACGCCAGACACCCCGGAAUUCUUUCGUGUCACUCGGAAGCGCGGUGUAGCAUCUAUCAUCGCCGAAGACAAGAACGACGAAGCCGACACCAAGUCCCCCAGUCACAGCCGAGGCGGCUCUGGGGAUUCGAAGACUUCAGCUUUCAUCCUUUAUCGUCAACAUCAUCAAGCAGUUGUCGCGACCCAGCAUCCUCGACUGUCCAAUCCCGAGAUCUCCAAGAUCAUUGGCCACAAGUGGAAAGCCCUACCUGAUACCGUCAAGGACGAGUGGAAGUCGUUAGCGGAAGAAGAAAAGGUUCGUCAUCAGCAACAGUAUCCGAAAUACAAGUUCCAACCUCGCCGUAACGGUCGACGAGGAAGUCUGUCAGAAGACCCCAAAUCAGCGUCUAGCGAGAAGUACCGCUGCAACAAGUGCGGCGGUCGCACCAUCGUGUCGCCCUCUGCUCCACCCCCAGCGGCCGCGCAACAACAGCGCGCGCCCGUGUUGCCUCCAACCACUCCCACUUCAACUGUCACACCAGUUUCACGUUUCCUCCCGACAAUGAACAACCUCAGCCUGCAGUCGCCGGGAAUGCGCCGCGCACGACCCAUUCCUCCCCACAUGGCGGGGAUCCAUGUGCCGAGUCCGCGCGAUUAUAUGGAGACCGACAUGCUCAGCCCCAUGUCCCCAGAAGCCAAGCGUCGACGUUUCAAUUCGUAUGCGCAGGCUUCAGCACGUCCAGGCAGUGGUGGGAACCUGCCGUUCUCAGCACAGAACCGCCGUGAGUCGCUGCCGCGGAUGGAUCAAGUGCUGAGAUCGCCUGCUCCAGGCACGAUGGCGCCGCCGCCGCGCCCAGUCGACGCCAGACAGCCAAGCGGCGGCGACCUCACUCUGCCGCCUUUGCAGACUGGCAACGACCAAAGCAGGAGCGUAGAGGCGAUGGUGAUGAGCAUGUCGUAUCUGGGGAAGGUGAAGGUACUAGCCAAGAUCACUCCACCACUGAAGACUCCCGGACCCACGAGUCCGGCCAGCGCUGUCAGAGGUGCGAUUGUAGCGAUUGAGGGCGAAGAUGUGACCGCAGUCCAGCAUCUGGUGAAGUGGCUGGAAGACUUCCUGAACAAGAGCGGAGACUGCAACGCCAAAGCUGCUCUGGCGCCCAAGAGACCCGCCCCAGACCAGAAGAAGGUGUCUCUCAGUGACUAUCUUGCUGUGAUUGGGGAGUGGCAUGGCAAGAGCAAGGAGAUGAUCGAGUUCAUCACCACGCCUACGCAAGCUCACGACAGCGACGUGGAGGAGGGCGAGAUCGAAACGGAGAAGGAGUCCAAGCCAAUCGACCUGGCAACUAUACCGGUCGUCGUUCUCCCGACGUACCAGCUUCGUGCUUCGGACGUCUAUGCGUCGCGCAUACCCAUUGCGGACGCUUACUCGCCGGCGGAUCAUUGGCAGUGGAUGGCUACCUUGUGGCGGGGCAUCGUUGGCCCAGAUAUCACGAUCUACAUCAAGGACUCAUCUCCUGAGGAGCUUGGCAGAGAGAAAAUCGUGGAUGUGAGGGAGGACUGUGGAUGUGUUGUUGUGAGGAAGGAGAAGGGUAAGAGCAAGAUUGAGGAGAGGGCGCUGAGAAGGAUGGGCUUUGAGGUUGGCGAGUGGAUCCGGGGGAUCAACUCGGGGAAGGUGGAGGGCCGCUGA